AUUUGCGUUUAUAUUCUCCCCGUCAAUUUCGUUCUGAAGAAUAUCUCCAUUUUUUUUCUUCGGGUAUUUACAACAUUUUUUACUUACACAGCAAAAACGAGAGAGAGAGAGAGAGGGAGAUAGAUAGAAGAGAGAAAAGGAAGAAGAAGAAGAAGAAAAGUUUCUCUCUUUGAAAACCAAAAAAAAAAACAAAACGAAUCAUAAUAAACUUAAAUCAUCUCUCUUCUUUCUAUGAAUUUCAUGUUUCUGUUCCCUCUCUCUUGAUUCUUCUCUACCAUUUCAUCACUCACAUUUUUUUUUUAUAUAUAUAAAUUCUUCUGCUUUUGGUUUUACGAGAGGAUUUUGAAAGGUUCUAACUUUUUCUUGGGAUCUUAUCAUAUUGUCUUGAAAAUAAUGCUUAUGGGUUUAAACAGGUUGACUGAUCAUACCACAAUGGAUAUGCAUCCUCUGUGAUCCAAUGGGGGAGAUUUUUCUGACAUUUUAAUGGAUCCCCAAGCUUUUAUUCGCCUUUCAGUAGGCUCUCUUGCCUUGAGAAUUCCAAAGAUCCUCUUAAACUCUUCUUCCUCAAGAACAGAUGAGAAGAAGAGCUGUUCUUCCUAUUGCUCUUGCGAAAUAAAACUCCGAGGUUUUCCCGUUCAGACAACAUCUGUCCCUUUGAUGCCUUCCCUAGAUGCAGCUCCUGACCAUCAGGGAGUUUCCACAAGCUUUUAUCUUGAAGAAUCUGAUUUAAGAGCUCUUCUGACCCCUGGAUGUUUCUAUACUCAUGCUCACUUGGAAAUAUCGGUUUUCACUGGUAAAAAGAGUUCGAGUUGCGGGGUUGGUGCUAAAAGACAGCACCUUGGGAUAUUUAAGUUGGAGGUAGGUCCUCAAUGGGGAGAAGGGAAACCAAUGAUUCUCUUCAAUGGAUGGAUCGGUAUCGGAAAGAACAAGCGGGAUGGUGGCGCUCAGCUUCAUUUGAGAGUGAAGCUUGAUCCUGAUCCUAGAUAUGUUUUCCAGUUCGAGGAUGUUACUACCUUGAGCCCUCAGAUAGUUCAGCUUCGUGGCUCUGUCAAGCAACCUAUCUUCAGUUGCAAAUUUAGCCGAGACAGGGUGUCACAGGUGGAUCCGUUGAAUGGAUACUGGUCAAGUUCAGGCGAUGGAACUGAGCUCGAGAGUGAGAGACGUGAGAGAAAAGGAUGGAAGGUGAAGAUACAUGAUCUCUCUGGCUCUGCAGUUGCUGCUGCAUUCAUAACAACUCCUUUUGUCCCAUCCACUGGCUGUGAUUGGGUCGCCAAGUCAAACCCGGGUGCUUGGCUUGUAGUCAGACCUGACCCAUCUCGACCAAACAGCUGGCAGCCAUGGGGAAAGCUCGAAGCUUGGCGGGAACGUGGGAUCAGAGACUCUGUGUGUUGCAGAUUCCAUCUUUUAUCAAACGGGCUAGAAAUUGGAGAUGUUUUAAUGUCUGAAAUUCUCAUCAGCGCUGAGAAAGGCGGGGAGUUUCUAAUCGACACGGAUAAACAGAUGCUAACGGUUGCAGCUACCCCAAUCCCAAGCCCGCAGAGUAGCGGUGACUUCUCAGGUCUGGGACAAUGUGUCUCUGGAGGCGGGUUUGUAAUGAGCUCAAGAGUGCAAGGGGAAGGAAAAAGCAGCAAGCCUGUGGUUCAGUUGGCUAUGCGGCAUGUAACUUGUGUGGAAGAUGCAGCUAUUUUCAUGGCGCUUGCUGCAGCUGUUGAUCUUAGCAUUUUGGCUUGUAAACCUUUCAGGAGAACAAGCCGGAGAAGGUUCCGGCAUUACUCCUGGUGAAAAGAAGGCAAACUCUCUUUUGUGUUUUUUUUUAGUGUACAGUUUUUGAAUUGGACUCACAAAGUCUCACUGUAUUAGGCAGAAACUGGCUUAAGAUUAAGAAAUUUAACUCCUUCUCAGAA